AUGCCUUCCGCAGCCCCUUCCGUCCCUGCUGUCUCCAGCAAGGAGGUUGCUCAGUCCAUCACUGUCCUCGAGGACUUGGUCAAGAACCUUAACAUCUCGACCAGCCCCGAUGAGGUCAACGCUGCCGCUCACAACCUUGCCACUCUUUUCAGCGGUCCCAUCCCCGAGCAGGCUCUCCCCGCUAAGGCCGCCGAGACCUUCAAGAAGCAGCUCGCCAACAAGAAGGAUGCUAUCGCUCGUGAGCGUGCCCUUGAGGGUAUCCGGGCUAUCGCUUCCCACACCACUAUCUCCCCCGCUGUUGAGCCCCACCUUGCCUCUCUCCUCGGCCCCGUUCUCGCCGCUGUCGGUGACAAGGUGACCGCCGUUAAGGAGGCCGCUCAGUCCACUGCCGCUGCUAUCGUUCAGGCCGUGAACGGCAAUGCCGUCAAGGCCAUUGUCCCUGCUAUCCUUAACUCUCUUCAGAACGCCCAGAAGUGGCAAGAGAAGAUGACUGCUCUGGACCUCCUCGGCACACUCGUCGAGUCCUGCCCUGCUCAGCUCUCCUACCAGGUCCCCAAGCUGAUCCCCGUUGUCUCCGAGGCCAUGUGGGACACCAAGGCUGAUAUCAAGAAGGCCGCCUACGGCACCAUGGAGAAGGUCUGCGGUCUGAUUGUUAACAAGGAUAUUGAGCGUUUCAUUCCCGAGCUCAUCAAGUGUAUCGCCAAGCCCGAGAACGUCCCCGAGACCGUUCACUUGCUCGGUGCCACCACUUUCGUUUCCGAUGUUACCGGCCCUACCCUCGCUAUCAUGGUUCCCCUGCUUGACCGUGGUCUUGUUGAGCGUGAGACUGCCAUUAAGCGUAAGUCUGCCGUCAUUGUUGACAACAUGUGUAAGCUUGUGGAGGACCCCCAGCUCGUCGCUCCUUUCUUGCCUAAGAUGUUGCCCGGCUUGAACAAGAACUACGAGACCCUUGCCGACCCCGAGGCCCGUGAGAAGACCCGCCAGGCUCUCGACACCCUCUCCCGUGUCGGUGAUGUCAAGGACGGCAAGAUCCCCGAGAUCUCCAACGACGGUGACGUUGCCACCGUUUCUGCCAUCCUCAAGGAGAUCCUUGAGCCCGAGUUCAAGGCCCGCAUUGCUGGCUCCGAGGAAAUCAUCAACUACGUUGCUGCUGUCGCCGGUCAGCUCGUUGACGAGAAGGAGAGCGACCACAUGAUCUGGACCCAGAACACUCUCCCCUACCUCAUCGCCAUCGUCGGUGAGGAGAAGGCCAAGCCCAUUGCCGAGUCCCUCCGCAAGAAGGCCUCUCCCCAGGCUGCUGCUGCCGAUGAGGUUCCCUCCGAUGAGGAGGAGGGUGAGGAUCUGUGCAACUGCACCUUCUCCCUGGCCUACGGUGCCAAGAUUCUGCUGAACCAGACUCACCUGCGUCUCAAGCGUGGUCAGCGUUACGGUCUCCUCGGACCUAACGGUUCCGGUAAGACCACCCUCAUGCGUGCCAUCAACAACGAGCAGCUCGAGGGUUUCCCCAAGAAGGAUGAAGUCAAGACCGUCUACGUCGAGCACGAUCUCGAUGCUGCCGAUACUGAGCAGACCGUUCUCGGCUGGACUCUCAAGAAGCUUGCCGAGGUUGGUCUCAACCUUGAGAAGGCUGAUGUCGAGAAGCAGCUGGUUGAAGAGUUCGGCUUCCAGCCCGUUCAGCUCGAGGGUCUCAUCACCGCCCUUUCCGGUGGUUGGAAGAUGAAGUUGGCUCUGUGCCGUGCCGUCUUCGAGAAGCCCGAUAUCCUGCUUCUUGACGAGCCCACUAACCACUUGGACGUAAAGAACGUUGAGUGGCUCGAGAACUACCUCAAGUCCUCCCCUUGCACUUCCAUCAUGGUUUCCCACGACAGCCGUUUCCUCGACCACGUCAUCCAACACGUUAUCCACUACGAGCGCUUCAAGCUUAAGCGUUACCGUGGUGACCUGAGCGAGUUCGUCAAGCGUGUUCCUUCCGCUCGCUCCUACUACGAGCUCGGCGCCGGUGACCUCGAGUUCAAGUUCCCCGAGCCCGGUUUCCUUGAGGGUGUCAAGACCAAGUCCAAGGCCAUCAUCCGUGUCAACAACAUGUCCUUCCAGUACCCCAACACCCCCAAGCCCCAGAUCUCCAAGGUUACCUUCCAGGUCUCCCUCGGCUCCCGUAUCGCCGUUAUCGGUCCCAACGGUGCCGGCAAGUCUACUCUCGUCAACGUCCUGACUGGAGAGCUUAUCCCCACCGACGGUGAUGUCUACCAGCACGAGAACAUCCGUAUCGCCUACAUCAAGCAACACGCUUUCGCUCACAUUGAUGACCACCUUGACGCUACUCCCUCCGAGUACAUCCAGUGGCGUUUCCAGACUGGUGAGGACCGUGAGACCAUGGACCGCGCCAACAAGAUUGUUACCGAGCAGGAUGAGAAGGCCAUGGAGAAGAUCUACCGUGUCAACGACACCUUCCGUCGUGUCAUUGGUAUCCACUCUCGUCGCAAGUUCAAGAACACCUACGAGUACGAGAUCUCUUGGUCCAUUGGUGACAACAUCGGCAUGAAGUCUGAGAAGUGGACUCCCCUUAUGUCCGCUGACAACACCUGGUUGCCCCGUUCCGAGAUCAUGGAGUCUCACUCCAAGCAGGUUGCUGAGGUUGAUCAGAAGGAGGCCCUUGCCUCCGGUCAGUUCCGUCCCCUUGUCCGUAAGGAGAUUGAGCAGCACUGCGCCAACUUCGGUCUCGACAACGAGCUGGUUUCUCACUCUCGUAUGCGUGGUCUCUCCGGUGGUCAGCGUGUCAAGGUCGUCCUUGCCGCCUGCUCUUGGCAGCGUCCCCACGUCAUCGUUCUUGAUGAGCCUACUAACUACUUGGACCGUGACUCCCUUGGUGCUCUUUCCAAGGCUAUUAAGUCUUUCGAGGGUGGUGUUAUCAUUAUUACUCACUCCCGUGAGUUCACUGAGAACCUUACCGAGGAAGUCUGGGCCGUCAACGACGGUCUUAUGACCCCCUCCGGACACAACUGGGUUCAGGGCCAGGGUUCCGGUCCCCGUCUCGACCAGAAGGCCGACGAUGAGGAGGACAAGUUCGAUGCCAUGGGCAACAAGAUUGUUGUUGAGAAGAAGAAGAAGCUCACUGGUUCCGAGCUCCGCAAGAAGAAGAAGGACCGUGCUGCCCGCCGCAAGCGUGGUGAGGAGGUCUUCUCUGACGAGGACGAGAUCUAA